AUGCGCUCACCGACGAUGCAGGGUAGAGGUUUUGGCACGACAGAGAGGAAGCAUAGGCGAGUGGUGCAGGAGGUGCUCGUCGGAGGUGAGGAAGGACUCGCCAUCGUGGAAGUCGGGGAAGGAGGCCUUAACGCCCGGGUGCAGCUAGAAUGGAACCCCACGGCCCUCCGCAAGCUCCUGGUGCUGCAGGGGAGGUGGAGGGCGUCAGAUCACCACAGCCCUGAACUCUUGCGAGAGCCGGCCAUGGCGUGGUGUAGUUCUGGACCUUGUUCUAAUGGUGCUAGGAGCAGAGAGGGGGGAGAUGGAGGUGCGGCUAGGCGAAUCGCGGCCCACCACUCGAGCAACUCUACUCGUCUCGGCUACUCGCUUUCCGUCCGUUCUCCGCACCCGCGUACGCCGCGGUACAACGCCACACACGCGGGCGAGCGACGGGCCCUUCCGCGCGCCUUCUCCGCCCCCAUCAUUUUAGUCUCCCGUCACGCAUACCGCGUCCCCAGCUCCCCCCGCGGCCCCAUACCUAUAUAUGACUUCGCCCCCGCGCUCCAUCACACCUCAGCCAUCUCCUCCUCCUCCUCCUCCUCAAUCAUCCUCCUCCCGCGUCUCACUGAAGCAGCACAGUACAUCGGAGUGCCGCCGCCGAUCGAGCUAGCCCCGCCAGCCGAGACUCGAGACUAUCAGAUCAUGAGCACCUACCUCACGCCCUUCACCCCUCUCCCAUCGCUCUUCGACGGACCAGCAGCUGCCGACGACCACUCCUCCCUCCUCGCCUUCCUCAUGAACGACGACUUUGCCGCGGCGCCCGGCGCCUUCCCUCACUACGGCGGCGACGACAGUAAUCUGGCCGGGCCAGCCUUCUUCGGGCACGCCGCCGCGCCGUUGCCACCGCCAGCGGAAAUGACUGGUCAAGGAAGGAAGCGCGGCUUCGCCCCCGCGCGAGACGACGGCUCGUCGCGGGCGGCGGCGGUCAGGAGGAAGGUGCAGGGCUCGCCGCCCACCUCGCCUGCCCACAGCGGCGGCGACGCGGCGCCGGCGGCGAGGGGCGGGGGGCGGCGGGUGUGGGUCAGGGAGCGAAGCACGGAAUGGUGGGACCGCCUCAGCAGCCCGGCGUGCCCGGACGCCGAGUUCCGCCAGGCCUUCCGCAUGUCGCGCGCCACGUUCGACGUGCUCUGCGACGAGCUUAGCGCCGCCGUCGCCAAGGAGGACACCGCGCUGCGCGCUGCCAUACCCGUGCACCAGCGCGUUGCUGUCUGCCUCUGGCGCCUAGCCACCGGGGAGCCCCUCCGCGAGGUCUCCCGCCGCUUCGGCCUCGGCAUCUCCACCUGCCACAACAUCGUCCUCCAGGUCUGCGCCGCCCUCACCGCCGUCCUCCUGCCCAAGGCCGUCCGCUGGCCGCUGGAGUCCCCCGCCUCCAGGUUCCAGGCCCUGUCCGGGAUCCCCGGCGUCGUCGGCUCCGUGUACACCGACCACAUCCCCAUCGGCCCGCCCAAGGACAACGUGGCCGAGUACUACAACCGCCGCCUCACGGAGCGGAACAACAAGGCCUCCUACUCCGUCGCCGUGCAGGCCGUCGUGGACGCUGACGGAGCCUUCACGGACGUGUGCAUCGGCCUCCCUGGCUCGCUGUCCGACGCCGCCGUGCUCGAGAGGUCCGCGCUGCACGCCCGCUGCGAGACCGGCAUGCUCGGAGACGACCAGCGCCGGCUGGUGGGCGGCGCGAGCUACCCGCUCACGGACUGGAUGCUCGUGCCGUACGCGCACCAGAACCUGACAUGGGCGCAGCACGCCUUCAACGAGCGCAUCGCUGCCGCGCGCGCAGCAGCGCGGGGCGCCUUCCAGAGGCUCAAGGGGCGGUGGCGCUGCCUGCAGCGCCGCACCGAGCCCAAGCUGCCGGACCUCCACAACAUGAUCGGCGCCUGCUGCGUGCUGCACAAUUUCUGCGAACGCAGCGGCGAGGAGCUCGACGCCGACCUCCAGUCCGAACUCUCCCAGCAGGACGAGGAUGACGUGGUCACCGCUGCCAAUCCAGUGCUGUCCUCAACGGCCGACAAGGAGCGGGACAGGAUUUCUCACGACCUCCUCCACGGCGGCCACCCCAGCGUUACAUUCUUCUAGGGGUCUGCCUCAUCAUAUCAAAACUCGGGCUACUGUAAUGCGACGAACUACUGAUCUUCCAUGAAAGCAUAGGAAGAAUCCCAGUUCAGAUUUUAGAUAGGAUAAGGAUUUUCUUUCUUUCUUUUCAUGCUUAUUCCAAGAGGCACUGACAAUGAUAUCAGAAAAUGUAGCGCAUUCAAGUCAGAUGUAAGUACAGUAUCAUAAUUUGGAAGGAAUUUACAAUAUUCAUUUGUCCAUAUCCAUGUCAUUGGCAACAUUUUCUGUGCCCCAAUACUGCCAGUCUAUCAUCAUGUGAUACACCUCG